CUCGGAGCGUCUUUAUCUUGCGUUCCGUCCGCAUCUCACUCACCGGUCCAGCCGCCAUCCUCUUCUCCGCGCAGAUUCGGGCGAGCCGGGCCAUGCAGCCGGCCGUGCUUCUCGGCCUCCUGGGUGCGGCGGUGGUGGCCGUUGUCAGUUCUAUGCCAGCGGAUAACAGGAACCGCAAUGAAGAAAUGGUGACUCGCUGCAUCAUUGAGGUCCUCUCAAAUGCCCUGUCGAAGUCCAACACUCCACCCAUCACCCCUGAGUGCCGAGAAGUUCUGAAGAAGAAUGGAAAAGAGGUCAAAGAUGAAGAGAAAAGUGAAAAUGAAAACACAAGGUUUGAAGUAAGAUUGUUAAGAGACCCAGUUGAUGUCUCAGAAGCCCACAAGCCCUCUGGUAGGGAGGAAGCAGGAGCCCCAGAGGAAGAGGACCCCCAAGGCCAGACAAUGGCAGACACAGAGGGAGGUGGGCACAGCCGAGAGGGAGUAGGCGAGCUCCAAGGGAGCCUCUAUCCCUCUGACAACCAAGUCUCCAAAGAAGCAAAGACACGCCAUUCUGAGAAGAGUGAAGGAGAGGACAGGGAGGAAGAAGAGAGAGAGAAAUACCAGAAAAGGGAGAAUGGGGAAGAUGGCAGUAAAGAGCAACACCUUGAAGAGCCAGGAGAGAUACAAAAUGCCUUUCUCAACCAAAGAAACCAGGCUACAGCUAAGAAAAAAGAGGAGUUAGUGUCCAGAUACGAUACACACUCUGUUGAGGGCCUUGAGGAGAAGACACACAGCCGGGAGAGGAGUAGCCAGGAGAGUGGAGAGGAGACAAGGAACCAGGAGAAACGCCCCCGAGAGUCUAAAAGCCAACCCAGGAGCCAGGAAGAAUCUGAGGAAAGUGAAGAAGAUGCCAGCCCUGAGGUAGACAAACGACGCUUGAGGCCAAGACACCACCACGGGAGGACCAGGCCUGACAGGUCCUCUCAAGAAAGGAAUCCUCCCUCUGAGGAAAGGGGACACCCCCGUGAGGAAUCUGAGGAGUCAAACAUGGACAUAGCCAGCUUAGGGGAAAAGAGGGACCACCAUUUGACCCAGUACAAGGCUUCAGAGGAAGAACCCGAAUAUGGGGAAGAAGUGAGGAGUUACCCGGCUGUCCAGGCUCCCGCGGACCUGGAGGGGGGACAACACGGGGGCAGAGGAAGUGAGGAGUACAGGGCUCCAAGGCCUCCCAGUGAGGAGAACCAGGAGGAGGAGGACAAGAGAAAUCGCCCCAGCUCAGAGGUUGGCAACAUGGCACACGGGUAUAGUGAAGAAAGUGAGGAAGAGAGGGGCCCUGAGGGGGGACGCCACCACAGAGCCAGGGGAGGGCAACCAGCCUAUUCCACUCCAGACACAAAAGAGAAACGGUUCUUGGGUGAAGGACACCACCGUGUUCAAGAAAGCCAGAUGGACAAGGCAAGGAGGCAUCCACAAGGCGAGUUGAGAAAUUACCUCAACUAUGGUGAGGAAAAGGGUGAGGAAGGAGCCCAGGGGAAGUGGCAGCAGCAGGACCUGCAAGACACUAAAGAGAACAGGGAGGAAGCUAGGCUUCAAGGCAAACAGUAUGCUCCCCAUCACACCACUGAGAAGAGGAAGAGAUUAGGGGUGCUGCUCAAUCCAUACUACGCCCCGCGCCAGUGGGAGAGCAGCCGUUUUGAGAGAAAAGCCAACGUGGAUGACAAUUUUCUUGAGGGUGAAGAGGAAAAUGGGCUGACCUUGAAUGAGAAGAAUUUCUUCCCAGAGUACAACUAUGACUGGUGGGAGAAAAAGCCCUUCGAGGAGGAUGUGAAUUGGGAAUAUGAGAAGAGAAACCUCGCCCCCAAACUGGAUCUGAAAAGGCAGUACGACCGAGUGGCUGAACUGGACCAGCUCCUCCACUACAGGAAGAAAUCAGCCGAAUUUCCAGACUUCUAUGACUCCGAGGAGCAGAUGGCCCCACGCCACACCGCGGAAAAUGAAAAAGACAGGGCUGGCCAGGGAGUUCUGACGGAGGAGGAGGAAAAAGAACUUGAAAACUUGGCUGCAAUGGAUUUGGAACUACAGAAAAUAGCUGAGAAGUUCAGUGGUAACCGAAGGGGCUGAAGGUCGUUGGAGCAAAGGGCAGUUUUAAGAAGCAGCCCUCACAUUACCUAUUUUCCACCACUUCACUGAAAGACACUGUUUAUUUACACAAAGGCAGAAAGUAGAAUGUACUAUUCAUUAAAUGUUUGACACAACUGAAAAUGUCUUUAAUUUUUGCCAGAAUGCUAUUGAGAAUAUGAAUAGCAUGACUUGUAGCAUACUCUUUCUCGCAAAAUAGACAUAUUAACAUGCUUGUGACAAUGACUGUGCUACCGUCCUUGAAAAAAUAUGUUUGUCUUGGUUUGAAACAAUAAAAGAUUCACCUGAGG